AUUCUAACUAGUAGUUAGGACCAUUCUGUUCAGAUAUGCGAGCUUGGUCGUGAUAGACAGCUUCAAGAUGUUGUCAGAAAGAAAGACUUUGGGUCUCGAAUACGUAACGCCGUAGUCAUGGGCGCCCCUCAGUAUUCCCGUAAAGCUAGCGAAGGCGCCGAGGAUACCACGCACGUUAAGACUGAAGAUACCGAUAUGGAAAUGGCCGAUUUGGACAUUACAGCAUCCAGCCUCCGCGACGCGAAUCCACUACUGCCCCCUCAACUACUGAUACUGGUACUGGAGAGCGGAGAGUUGAUCUUUCUAUUCCUGCAACAAGAGCCAGGCCAUAAUUGGACCUUCAUUUCUGCUACACAUAAAAUACCUGGGCAACGUCUCGUCUAUCCCGGAUUUCAUAUGGCCAUAGACCCCUCGUCAACCUUUUUAGCUAUAGGAUGUUCUGAGAGGCUCUUCCUAAUGUACCAGCUCCACUCGAUGAAAACAUUGCAGAGCCAAUACUCCCGGGGAGAACCAUUACAGCCCAUUAAAGAUAAGGAAUCUCGAUCGGUCAGCGGUACUAUUCAUAAAAUGGAAUUUCUACAUCCCACCCACAGGCAAGAACAUCAAAUCAUUUUAAUGAUAAUAAUGGUCAAGAAGCAAUCCUCUAGACUGGUUAUAUAUGAAUGGGCUAUCCAAGACGACUUAAUGGGUGUCUUUCUUGACGAGAAAAAUGGCUAUAGACUCGAUGAAGACUACAGUCUGCCGCUCUUGGUUGUCCCACUCAAGGUCCGAAACGCCUUCCUCAUUAUUACAGAAAGAAUCACCGCGACUUGCUCAGAUAUCUUAGGUAGUCCCCCAGUAUUUGUUCCAUUCGAACUGGCGAAUCGAGGCGAUACUGAAUUACACCACGGCACCCACGAGCCAUUGUGGACAGCAUGGACCAGGCCGAUACGACACCCUCCGUAUCAUGACAAGAAAGACGUAAUAUAUCUAGCGAGGGAGGACGGCCUCAUAAACUUCCUAGAAUGUGGCGACGAAUUCGAAAUCGAGACUAGCGUGAGCAUGGGUUCCGUAGACUGCAACAUCGACACCGCCUUUGCUUCCCUAUUCCAUCUUUUCGGCGACGUCCUAGUCACCGGCGGGGACUCGGGACCUGGUGCAGUUUGGAAUGUUGAAGCAAGACAAUCCCCUCAACGGAUUGGGUCGAUUCCAAAUUGGUCGCCAACAGUAGAUUUUGUCGUCACUGAUGACGGUAGUUAUGAUGAUUGGUCUAGCGACUCUUCUGGGCCUGGAGCAAUAAUUCCUUAUAAAACAGAUAAAGUCUUCGCCUGUAGUGGUAGAGGUAUAACGGGUGCUAUAACGCAAUUCCGAUACGGAAUCCAGGCAAGAAUCGGCUUGGAUCUCUCAUAUUCCUCCAACAUUAGGCAUUGUUGGGCAAUUUCUGAUUUCCAUGGAGUCGUGGAAGACGGAUUCUUCCUCCUUCUUGCCCUACCUAGUGGGUCUGCAAUUUUACAUCUAUCUCGAGAUCUCUCCGAAGUAUCAGAAAAGGACCCUGAAAGCACACCAUUCGACCUUUCCUCAAAGACAUUGGCUGUUCAAGAAUUAGACGGCGUAGUGGUUCAAAUCACGACGAACUGUAUCACAGUCUCCACCCUAACUGGCUCUUCUCAACAUUCGAUACACGAUAUAAUACAAGAUUACACUGCUAUAGUGACGGAUGCAGCAAUUAGAGAUGACACGGUUUCCUUAGCAGUUCAUUCCGGGCCGACUUACAAAAUCGUCCUACUCAAUAUUACCGACCUUGAUGUUACUCUGCGCCGGACGUUCGACGUGGAAGGAGAGGUCACUUGCCUUGCGAUAGAGAAACUCGACGGGAACCUUGUUGUCCUCACGGGACUCCUAGAAGGUCGACAUCCGUGUCUAGCGAUCUAUCCUGCUGAAUUAGACCAAGCUUCUAUCACGCCGUUUCUGAUAGAACUUAAACCGCCUGCAAUAAACUCGGUCAAAGGCCCAGUAGAUUCUUUCGGGAACGAUCCAUUUGGUGCCUUAACGAGUUUUGUGUAUCUUGGUCAUAUGGCUGAUAAGGCAGUCAUUAUAGCUGGAACCAAAGACGGAAAUGUCCUUACAAUCCGACUCAACCGAACUGAUUCUGGAAAGUGCGAAGUGUAUCAGGAUUCCUUUGGUACUUCACCUUCUUACGUCUAUUCGGGUUCCGGGUUUGGAGAUCCGCUCUCGGCCUUGGUUUGCAGCGAUGCCGAGCUCGCGAUAAUGAAACAAUAUGUGACAAACCGUAAAGGGGGUCAUUUCGAGGAUAUAUAUCGCGUUUGGCCAACCGACGGUGAUAGACCAAAUAUGUCUUCUCCGCCGAUCAACUGUGUAGCGCCAUUGUAUAACCAGCUUCCUGAAUACGGAGAGUCAACGAUGGUGAUGAUUUCUGGCCCGCGGAUAUUAAUCACAGAAUUACAAUAUCAGCCAAAGCCGGUUCCACGUUAUUUCCCAGUUCACGGAACGCCGGUGAAGAUACUCCAUUCCAAGAAGCUGGGGGCUCUGGUAACCGUUGUUUCGAAGAAUGGGAUAUUUUCCUUACACUUUCUCGAUCCCGAGACGGGGUGCGAUUUAUCUCGACCCAUGGAAAGAAGAAAGGAUGCGGGAGGCACUAACUAUUAUGAUGUCGAAUACAUUUCGGGCUUAGGGAAUGCGAGUACGAGAGUCAUGUCACUUAUAGCAUGGACGUAUAGGUACGGAGAUAGCAGUGCGGACUGGUUCGUCGUCGCUAUACGCAAGGAUAACGAAAGCUACCUGUUGAUAAUUUCGGCUGAGUCUGAAAUCGUAAACUUAUCCUCCAAAAGUAGCGCGUCACGGCGGAUACGAUUCUGGACUAAGUUUGAUCGGAAGAUACGGGACGGGCCCAUAUGGUCAAUAGCAACUGACCCACGUGGCGUGUUUCUAUGCUCUGGGAACUUCAUUCAAUAUCACACGGUUGAUGGAGGCAAAUUCAAAAUGACAAGGACGUACGAAUUAAUAUCUCCGGCCUGUUGGAUGGAGGUAGUGAGUGGGCGAUUGUACGCCCUCACUACUGAACACUCACUCAUAAUUCUCGAGUACAAGGGCGAAUUAACCGACGAAGAAGAGGAGAUGGCCGACUUAUGUUCGGACGAUACUAGCCGUAAUGGUUUACAUUGCAUUGUCGUAGAAACGGUCUCGAGUCCGCUAAGUAUCGUGUCCGAUCCAAUGUGUGGAAUCCACGGCUUAUGGACCCCUCCCGAGUUAAGAAGGCCACUCAGCCUAGUAUUUCAAGCAGAGCUCAAGGCCUCCAUCAGGAAGUUUGGCCGAGGAAACACAAAGGUAUCGUGGAAUUGGCAGAAAUAUAAACGGGCUCGUUACGGUUAUGUUUCGGGUGGACUGCCUGGGUCGGAUGUCAUCGGUCUCACUAUUGAUGGGUCGCUGCAGCACUUUACUCUCUUAAACGAGGACGCAUGGCGACUCCUCAGAUUCAUUCAGAAUUUGGCGAUGGCGUAUCCGAAAAUCUGUCCACAUACUUCACCAGCGCCGUUUGGCGCUGAACCGAAUCCAGAGCCCUCAUUCAGACCAAAGUUAGGUAUGCACGUUGAUGGAGAUAUCUUGCAGAGAUGCCUUGACCAACACGUGUUGGAAGAGAUUAUCGCAGAUACGUGGCGUUUACCACGAUUCAAAGAACUUCUCAAGCCUCUGGAUGAUGAUGAGUAUCUCGAACUGGAUUCCCCAGCAAGCGAUGCGACAUACUUUGAACUGGCUUAUGAAAUCCUUAAGUAUUAUCUUUCUCCCGUCUUCUAACCAUAUUUCGAACGGAGCGCCUAUGAAUGCUAUAGGUGUCUAAGUUCAUAGAAGGCUCUACUAGAGAUUCUCAAUAACAAUAAACUGCUUCGUAAGGUCACGUUUCCCGACGUUGAGAAGGAUGGUCGAUCGAAAUUCUCUACGAGGAAAUAUAGAAAAUGGUAACAAGCCAAGCCUCGAUGAUGUGGUUUUACUCCUCUCCUUUUUACGACUGGACGGGUAUUGUUAUGAGGAGUUUCAAAACUAAGGAGUCUGUUUUCAUCCCAUUACGAAUACCCAGGUACAUAGGCUGGCAAGGAUAGGGCCUGUUUUAGGUAACGAAUUGUCAGUCAUAUAGAGGAUACACGACUUGGCCGGGUAUGGUAGUCUUAGUCGGAGGCAGAUGUGACUAGACUGAUUAUGAAUAAAGCUGAUUCAAAUGUUAUAUCGAAUACAAUCAAUGUUUGGUGAUGAGUGAUACGGAUUGAAGAGGAGGUGGUGAGACAUCAUUUUGACGCCUACCUUGGGCAGCUAAUAAACAGCACCGUAUACAGUGCAUAGUGUCGAUAUUUCUAUGUACUACUGUAUACUUAGGUACCCAAGGAAUAUAGUUUAUCUAAUCGUGGUUUAUCGAUAAG